GACGCUUUUCCACGUCGCAGUUCUCGUUGUCGCCAAUGGUAAGCGGUUGCGUGUACGACUCGACCAAGGCCGGAGAAAGAUGGCGGCGCCCGUCCUGAGAGUGUCCACCCCUCGAUGGGAAAGAAUAGCCAGGCUCCUUGUUUGCGUCUUGGGUAUAUUGUUGUCCUUAUACGCCUUUCACGUGGAAACGGAAAAGUCUAGAGACACGAAUUAUCGGGCCAUGUGCGACGUGAGCAAUUCUAUCAGCUGUUCAAAAGUCUUCACCUCCAGGUGGGGUCGAGGAUUUGGACUGUUGGGCUCGAUCUUCGGAAACGACAGUGCAAUGAACCAGCCAAACAGUGUCUACGGAAUUGUAUUUUAUGUCUUUCAACUGUUACUAGGAAUCACCGUGAGUGCGAUGGCUGCCCUGAUCCUCAUGGCGACGUCCAUCCUGUCGGUGAUGGGCUCUCUCUACCUCGGCUACAUCCUCUACUUUGUCCUCGAGGACUUCUGCAUUAUCUGCAUCACCACAUAUGCACUUAGCUUCAUUCUCUUCAUGCUCAACUACAAGCGCCUGGUUUACUUGAACGAGGCCUGGAAGCAGCAACUGCCGGUCAAACAGGACUAAGAUGGGGGGUGGGGGAAAAAAAAAAGUUAAACAAAUUACGUGAACUCUUGAACAGAACAUUUUGACUUGCCACCAGGAGACCUUGCUUCCAAAACAUUGUUUAUUAUGCUGUGUGUUUUAUAUAUAUAAAGAAACAGGAUGACUAGUCUGGGCCAGACAUCUCUCAAGUUCAUUGUUGCAUAAAUGGAAGGAUUUUCAAACGGAGUUGGGCAGGGGGGAAUUCUCUUCGUUUCUCAUUUUCGUUUUUAUUUUUUAUUUAUACCCUCACACAUAAUAAACAAGCAGGAAAGCAAGGAUAGGAUCCCAGUUCACUUCACUGUGAAAGAUGAGAGGACAGGACAUCCUUCUUGAACAAAAAAGGACCAGAACGUAGAAGGAAAAUUGGGACUUCUAAAAGGUGUAUACUUGAUAUCGAUAAGGUCCUGUUCCUGACCGGCUCCGGAGCCUAGCUGCAACGUCACGACAACCUCAGCGGAACUGAAUAAUGGGUCAGAAUACCAAAUGCAUGAUCGUGGAGAUGUAUAAUCGUACAGUUGGCAGCAUAGCUAGGAUAACAUGAGAGCCGAACAGGUUAAAUAACAUCCUACAGCAUUCAGAAUAGUUUUUUUUGUACGUUUUUUUUCUCUCAAUGUUUACACUUUACAGCAGGUUUUUUUUUGUGUGUCUGAUAGUACCACUAAUAUUAAACAUGGGAGACUGUGAGCAACUGUGUGGAAAUCAGUCAGAAUUGUUUUGUUUUUUUCUGUAAAUAGCUGCUGAGAAAUUUUCCAGGUUAGAUUGUGAUUUAGUGUUGACAUAGGCUAAGUUAAAAAAAAAAUAAUAAUAAAAAUGUUUCGAAAGAAAUCACAAAAUAAGAAAAAAAGAAAGAUGUGAAGUCAAGUUGUCAUCUGGGUGAAUUAACUCCGUCUGAAGACGUUUUUGCAGUCGGUGUGUGACGUCUUAACUUCCUGCAACCCCAAGCGAGGCAUGCUGCAUAGACUUGCGUGGAUUCAUGUGUUCACUAAUCAAGUUUCUUUCUCAGAAGUCUUUAACUCACCGAGGUCACAAAGCAUAUGAUAUGUGCACUCUCAAGAGUCUUCAGAGCAGGGUGUGUUCAUUAGGCAACGCAACGUUUUCAUAACGUUUUGCACUGGAAAAUGUGAGUUUCUUAUAGACUUGGUUAGCUGACAUCACGAAAACAAUGCACAUGCUUCAAUGGGGUAGAAGGCAAUGUGGUGGUGUGAUUCUGGAUGGCCAGAUACAAUGACAUGAAGCUACCAUGAGGGGAAUCGUAGGUGGCUUGUUUCAGUUGGUUUAACCAACGACUGUAACAAUGUACUUAUGCUUUCAAUAAACAAUGACAAACAACUCUGUCAGUUUUGUUGCUAAACAACCAACCCGUCAGUCUAUUGUCCAGCUAGUACCCCGUUUCAGUUUUUUCUUCUUCUUUGGUGCCUAAUGUACAGGACCCUAGUUAAUUUAUUCUCUGCCAAGAUGAAGUCUUGCUCUCCGUGAACUUCCCUAUCUUAUGUGUUAAAAGCAUUCCUGGACACACACUACUGUACCACUGGGGGAUCCAUGUAGACUUAUGUGCCUGAAAGAGACGUGAAUUCCCUUUAUUUGGUUGGUUGGAGGGGUAUAUGUAAAUGAGAUGUGCAUUGGGUGGAGGGGUAUAUGUAAAUGAGACGUGCAUUCCCUUUAUUGGGUGGAGGGGUAUAUGUAAAUGAGACGUGAAUUCCCUUUAUUUGGUUGGUUGGAGGGGUAUAUGUAAAUGAGACGUGCAUUCCCUUUAUUGGGUGGAGGGGUAUGUGUAAAUGUUUCACUUGUAUUUUUUUCUCAUUGUCUCACCAUUGUUACAAACCCAUUGCUUUUUUUGUUUUGUAUUUACUAAAUUGUAUACAUAAGGCCAUUGGCGUCUCCCUCACCCCUUGUGUAUAGCGCAAUGAUACGGUAGCACAGGCUGCCAAACGGUGAUCGUCUGUCAGCUCAAGGGUGGUAGUAGUAGGCCAGCCAUUCAGUUAAGCGUUUUUGUAGGUUAAGGUUGUCGAUUUUAUUUUUAUUUUUUACGUAGUAAGGUUCAGUCUCUCUCUGUGGAACAACAGCACUGCAGCUACAGUUUUUGGGGAAGGAAACCUCUCAGUAUUGGCCAGUGGAACACCUGAGGUCUUUGGGACGAGAUGCCAUUUUGUGCAUGAUGACAAGGUCUAAACCUCCAACUCCCAGAGUUUGACUUAUAGACUUUCCUAAGGGGUUACUCACAGAGCCCAUGUUGGCAGCAUUCAUAUAGGUCCUAACGUUGGAGCAACAAACUUAAAACAGGUGUAAUAAUAGUCCCAAAGUUACUUGUUCCAGAGAUGUACGGGUGGAGUGUUUGGCUUUAAGUCACACACGUCAAAGUCCUUAAAAGAAGCUUGCUGAAUGUGUCCCUAUCGCUAACCUGCUAGAUAAGGAGUCAACACAUUUUUUAAAAAUGUUUAGAUUUUUAUUAAAGUCAAAUUAGAAGAUAAAACACGUAUUAAUCAAAAAUCAACAGAAAUACAGAUAAAUGUAUAAUGCAACCCGAGACUCGUUUUUAAUCCGCGUGUCCUGUUCAGAAAGUGAUUCUAAAAAUGUCCCUAGAUUUAGAACCAUGAGUCAUGUUCACCUGCAUCAACAAAUGCCUGCUGUUGGAUCACUGGGCCUUUCACAGUUAAAGAGACAGUAAAAUAAAGCCUGGUGAUUGGCUCUCUUGCUUGCCUUUCUAAACAUGCAUUUCUGAUCAUCCCCCCCCCCACAGCACUCUGUAGAUCGGCUGGGUGCCAGUCUGUUUCUGCCGUCUUGCCAACCUUUAAAAGGAAAUGUCAUGGCUCGGCGAUUGAGUUGGUAAGAGCACUAACUGAUCAGAGACCAGGGGUGUAAACAUGCAGAUUCUUUUGCUAAAUACUUUUUAAUUUUUUUUUUUUUUUAACGGAAAGCGUAAACAAGUUUCUAUUGGACAAAUUCAGAUAGAUCCCUCCCCGCUUUGGUUCUUAUUAAAACGGUUUCUGUAAUGAAUAAACCACGUGAGAGGUAAAAAAAAAAUGACUCACCGAAAAGCCCUGUCUUGUAUUUAAACGGUCAUCGUCUACUUUAUUUUCAAUAAAUGUUCAUCUUUAAUUUCUGUCAUUAGAGUUAGAGGUCACUUGUUUCUGCUAUAAAAUUUAAAAAAAAAACAAUUUUGUCUGAAUUACAAGAUUGUAAAAGUUCUUUCUCUGUGACAAGUGAAAUCAUUUUUUAUUUCUCUACUUAUUUUGUAUGAAUGGGCUCUCCAUUGGUCACUACAUCUUAGCUGUAUAGACUUCACAUUUCUGGGUUAUUUCAGAACGAGGGAUGUCUAGGAAUCCAUGUGUCAGCAUCAGUUUGUUUGUGGGAGGAAUACUGUAGGUUUGCUUCUGUAUUUGCCAAAUAAGUAAUGUUGUAUUUUCAUACAUGGAAAAAAAGUAUUACGUGAAUGGUUUGGUUGAAUGGGUACAGAGAAACAAAUCGAAUUAAAUCCACUAUUUGCUUUACCUUGUGAGAAAACUGUUGCGAAAGUUGACAUUAAACAGUGAACAUUUUAAAAUGGGGGUCAUUGUCAUGUGGAAAUGGUCUACCAUUAAAAACAUUCCAUCUGAA